AUGUCCCCGUGGACGUUUUACGCCCCGUUCAAAUCUGGGGGAAUGUCAGUCAAGAUCGAGCACGAAGGACCAUUCAAGAUUAUCAAGGUGGAUGACGAGGUUAUACUCAAGAAAAAUUGCGGGGAGGACAAAUUUGCUGGGGAGGAUCUGUUCAAGAAGAACAAGUUGAACUUCCGCAUAGUGACCACUGGCACUCAAAAGUAUGGGUACUUCCUGAAAUAUCAUGUCAAUGAUAUGCCUCUAGCAGACUAUGUGAAAAACCACAAUGUUCAUUAUCCAACGUGGGAGAUUGUGGAGACACACACUCGUGUUUGUUUUGAUAAGAACGAGAACGAGAUUUACAUCGACGGGCGCCGCUUGGAAGAUGAUGUUAAGCGAGAGUUCACUGAUGAAGGAUGCACUAUCACAUUCCCUGUUGCUGGCGGUGAAGGAGAAAUCAAAGUGCAAGGAAACGGGGACCCGAACGCCACACUUUCCCCCUUUCUUAUAUUAAUUGAGGAACGAGGAGAGAGCAGCCAGCAGUGGUAUAGUGAUGAGGAGGGACGGACGAGUCUGACAAGGUCCUUGAUUUUGCCAAUUGUUCAAAAUCCAAAAAAACAUUUAAAAAAUGACAAGUGGUCUGAAGGUAUCGAAGAGGCUGUGUGCACGUGUCAACUCACAAGCGCUGUCCGGCCACUGCACCGCGCGGUGGCUUUUGCCUGCUGCUUUUCAGCCCUGAGCCGUAGACCACUCCUUAUGCGCCCGGGACCGUCCGUCCUCCGACAGACAACCCCUGGCGACGUAGCGCUUGGCACGGACGCUCGGUCGCCGCAGACAGCGAUACACACAGGACUCCUCCUCUCACUUCAUCCACACUUGUCUACCGCCAAGAAGCUGGCUCACAGGCGCCCGCCACGACACCCGAGGAGCGAGCAGCUUGGAAUUUCGAAUCUGUGUCCUGAAAACGUUUUUUCGUUCUUUAAAUCAAUCAUUCCACACUCUUCGACUUUCUCAGUGGAACUCAAGAAGAAACACCAAUUUUUCCCAAAUAUCGAAUUCUUUUAUUUAGAAAAACAUAUCAGAACGAAACUCAUUUUUUCUUUUAUGACUCGCAUUCUUUUCUGCUGUCUUUCGUUAAUGGCUUCUUCAUCGCUCUUGAAUAACUCUUCCAGUGUCUCUUCCUUGACUCCAUCGACGAUGAGAGAUCCAUUCCCAAGCCUACAAGGACCAGGUUCAGAGACCGAGUAUACGAAUUGCACUGUACAAAUAGAAAUAUCGGUCAAUGUCAUACUUGUCGAUUUCCGGCGCGGUCAGCCAAGCGUUUUUGCUCAUUUCGGAUUGCAACUUUACAGAGAAAGAACAGAAAAAUGGGAUUGA